AUGACGGCAGAAGAGAUACAAAGCCAAGCCGCGCCGGUUGACGGGGCACCUGCCCCAGAGCCUGCCCCGGCUCUCCCCGACUACGUCCUUGACGAGAAUGCCGUCUUGAAGGACGUCAUUGACUCCUGGAGACACGGCCGAGCCCCAGAUUACAGCAGAACCCGCAAGGUCUAUGCCGAGACAAAGAAGGCUUCCCACACUGCCGGCUCCCUUCCCGACCUCGUCGAAAAGCUCGUCAAGAACUGGGAGAUUGAAGCAUCAUACAAGACCUCGCUCUCAGACUGGCGCACAAUCGAUGUCUCCUCCUACACCUUCUCCGUCAACGGCGGUCCACCGCAAUCCGGGGAGCACAUGCUCCAAGUCGGCACCUACAACGCCAUCAUCGAACCGAACGAGUUCUACUGCCCAUUCCACUCGAGCUUCGACGCCAGUCAUAAGACGUUCAAACGGAUGAUGCCGACCUUUGCAUGGGAGGUCUUGGAGGUUUUCAGUGGACCACCGACAGUGACUUUCAGGUGGAGGCAUUGGGGGACGAUGAAGGAGGAUUAUGUGGGAACUAAUAAGGAUGGAGAGAAAGUGACGCUCAAGGCACAUGGUGGACCAAUUGAUAUUGAGGGAAUUGCGGUUGCGGUUGUGAAUAACAAGUUGCAGCUGCAGAAGGUGGAAGUGUUCUUUGAUCCCAUGAUGAUGUUCAGGCAGAUGGAGAAGAAGGUUGAGGUAUAA